ACAACCACCACGGUCAUCUAUCUCAACACGCGCGCAUUCGCUGAAGAAGAAGAAUCAAGCACCCUGUGUUCGCGUACUGCUAUCUGCGGCCAUGAACAAAGAACGCGGUACGCCAAGCGAUAUCUCUGUGCGGUCCCUCCCCGCAACUACCACACCGAGUAACGCCACGACAGCGGUUCCCGUCGCUGGCGGCAGGCUCAGCGACCACAAUGGCGAUGAAGGGCACUCGCAUGACACACCGAAGCCACUGACCCUGCCUGACGCGGUGGAGGCUGGUUCCCACCGCGAAGGCAGUGAAACAGCGGCUGAGCAUCGUCACGCUGGUGUUGAAGACGCUGAACAGAAGUCUUCCUUGGAGCACGAAAAGAGCCAGGAGAGCCUGCAGCCAGAGUCGCCACGUCAUAGCCAAGAGGCCGUACGGAAACCAGGUUCCCGUGACAGGAACCGGAAGAAAGUUCCGUCCGGCGGCUAUGCUGAAGUGCCAGGAAUACCGGCGACCUCUCCGCAGCAGACGGCCGACUCACGACGUGAGCUCCCACGGCACCACAUUGUCGGACUGUCGCCUUCGGUGGUCCACUGCUCCGGUGGUGCUGACAUGCAGGGAGCUGACGUGCCUGGUCCUUCCUCGGCGGUCCACGUGGAACCAGCUCGUGGAGCGUGCGAAGUCCACGACCACGCUACGCAGCCAAUAACGGCGUCACCAAGUGUCGAGACGCACAAACUCAUCGGGCACUCGAAUGCACCACAGUCGGCACAGCGUGAGCUCCCUCCGCCACUGGUUUGCAAAAUAUCGGUGCCGCAUUUUGCGGGAGAGAGCAAGUACUUCGAGGAUAGCGAGUCCGAGCAGACAGACUGGCUGCAUCCGACGUCGAAGGCGAACAGUUGGACGACGUCUUCAUGUACACCGAAGCGACGAAUCGGCAACAGCACAUUGGCUUCCGCAUCUCCAGCGCCCACUCCGGAUGCGACAGAGUCACCUGCGGCCUGUUUUCACGCAACCGCAGGAAGCAGCAGUGUUCACCAAAUGCCAUCCUUCUCGGAGAUGCGUGAACAGGAGCUGCAGUCAAUUAGGAGAAGGCGUGAACAUCCCUAUCGACCUAGCGCCGAUAUUCGGGCCACAAAAGAUGGCAUAUCUGUGCGAAGGCAUCAUUCGCAGGCGACACCAUCAUCGAGAUUCCUUUCAGCCUCGUUAAGCAAAGACGACGCCUUCAGGACCGAAGAAGCGGAACGCGCGAAGAUUUCUUGGCCAGCUACCGGAACCUCGACGUGGUCUUCUGGCGGGAGCUCGCGAUUCCCAUGGAAGAAUACCGCCACACCUGCAGUUGUUACUGCCGACCUUCCACAAACGGCUGCGAAGUUUGUGACGGCUCAGUCAUCUCCUUCGCCUUCUGUUUACCUUGACUUCCCAGACCAGAGCAAUGCCUCCGAGCUGUGUCCGGAGAAGUGGCCGCCUUCACCCCCGCCAAGUGCGUUGGUUGAAUCGCCCGAGCAACGGAGUCUUCGCUCGAAGCAACGUUUCAUGCUCCAGCCACCGUGGAUGAAGAAACUGCUGUACAGCGAUGCUCAGUCUCCCAGUUUCCACGGCAACACCGCUUCGCCCCCGACUCCGUCGUCAUGGAUGCGGGGCUCGUUGCCUAAGACCGCGGGACGCCGUGCAGACGUUCACCCCGAGGGCGCGACUCCGUCUUCUAAGCAGCUGAGCUCACGGCACUUCCUCUCCAGCAGGAUGCAGGCGUUGCUCAGGAAGUGGCAGACGACGGUCAUGUUGUGCGCUGCGCUUCUGCUGGCCGCGGUUGGUGCUUCUCUCCUCCUGCUCGGCUUACUCGGGGGCCGGGGCGACGAACGGCGACGCCUCGCGGCCGCUGUGUGUCGCACCGAGUCGUGUCUCGAGUACUCGCGCCGCCUCGCGGAGUCGGUGAACACUUCGCUGAGACCCUGCGAGGGCUUCACGCGCUUCGUGUGCGACGGCUGGCGGCGCCGCAACCGUCUCUCCGUGCGCGAGGAGGCGUUCUACUCGCAGCAGCGCCGCCUGUCGCAGCUGCUGCGUUCGGUGCCGGUGCCGCUCGAGGCUCAGAGUCCGCUAGAGGCAGCGGCGGCCUUAUUCAGCAGCUGCGAAGCUGUGAGCCGCGGCGAGGUGGACGAGGUGCCCAAGGUGAAGGCUGCUCUGCUCGAAGCAGGCAUUCUGUGGCCUCGAAUGCCCAGCGACUCGGACAAGGUGGACGUGCUGCGGACGUGGCUGCGCGCGUCGCUCACGCUGCACUGGAGCGUCGUGCUGCACGUGUUCAUCCGGCAAACCGAGGACGGCACCAGGAUCGCACUGAGGCCGCUCCGAGAGUUUGAGCGCAUCGUGGAGAAGCACCGAGGAUUGACACGCAGUGACCGAGGGGCUAAGGACUACUUUGAUACGCUCAGGCGAGAGUUCGGCAGCCCUGGCCAACCUUCUGCAGAGGAGAUGCGAGACACCGUGAGCUUCGCCGACAGCAGAAAUGUGGACAGAGCCUACAUGACUCCGCUCUCGGAGGCCAUGGAGUCGCCUGCGCGCUCUGUCCAGCUCGACGUUGCCGAGCUCUUCGGCACCGUCCCGGGCUUCACCGAGGAGCGAUGGCUGGCUGAGUUGAAAAGAUACGAAGGCGUUUCGAAGAACGCCGUCUACGAGUCCACCAGGCCGGCCUACGUGAGGACCUUCCUGCAACUGUGGAAGGCACGGGGCGAGAGGGAGACGCACCUGUUCCUUUCCUGGUGCAUUGUCCAGACUGCGGCGCUGUUCACAAACCGACGGCUGUUGCUCAACUUCUACGAUAGGUGCCUUUGCGUCGUCUGUAUAGAGCGAUUAAAUCCAGGCGAUAACUUUCACAGUGACAGCGGCAUGGACAUGCACCACGGCGCCUUCUGCCUUGGCAAGGCGUACCUGUUGUGCGGCAGCCAGAUGUUCGCCGAUUACUUCGACGAUCUGCUCUCGGAGCGGGCAAGCCGCGUGGCUGGUCGGAUGGUGGACGAAACCCGAGAGGCCUUCUCGCGUCGCCUCAGCCAGUGGCCACGGAGGGACGCCAACCGCACCGUGGUCCAGGACUCCACCGACGUCGCCCUCGACUACUUCGACCCGCGCUUGAACCUGCGACUACCGAAGCGAACGGCGGCAGCCUUCUCCAGCCUGGGCAACUCUCUGGUCGAGAACUGGAAGUCGCUCGCCCUGAAUCGCGCUGACGUUCUCGACCGCUGGGCAGCCGCCGAGCAGAUCGAGUUCGCCGAGUGGACCGUGCUGCUUCCGGGCCGCCACCUGGCGGUGCUCCCGUACGCUCUCGCCUUCCCAUCGUUCGACGAGGGCGCCGCGCGGUUCAUGAACCAAGGUGGCCUCGGCAACCACGUCGCUUCGACGCUGAGCCAGCUGUUUUUCAACAGCUACGCGGACUCCUUGGACGCCGACGAGCUCUCGUUGCUGCAGUGCGCAGGCGCAAACGCUAGCACUUCUGGCGACGGGCACGCUGCCCCGAAGCUCGCGAGCCUUGCGCUUAGCACACUGGCUCUCGAGGCGUCGCUCGAGGCAUAUCGUGCAGGUGGCGCCUCUGUCGACAGCGAGCGCCUCGACGGCUUCGAGGAUUACGGCGGGACCGCGAUGUUCUUCGUCGCUUCGUGCUACGCCCUCUGCCGGGGUGGAGGCGGCAUGAACCCCUACGUCGGCGACGAAUACGACACGCUGUUCAGCAACGUCGAAGGGUUCGCCGAAGCGUUCGGCUGUGACCCGGCUAGCCGCACGAACCCCUUGGACAAAUGCACCUUCGGGUGAAUUGGCGUUGUCAUUUGCCUGUGCGACGCUUAUGUUACCUGAUGUUAUUGUCGAUUCUGAGAUAUUCGCAAUGCUGUAUUGGCACAAACUCUUGACUUUUCUGCUGACAUGGGCACUGAACACGCAUAUGAAGUUCAACGCGGUAGCAUCUAAAGAAACGUGGUUAUUAGGUGACUCGGAAUGAAGGGGGACACAUUAUGAUGCUUUGCCAUUAGAAAUGCGUGCCGCGAAUGUAGAUGCUGCACUAUUUACCAACUUACACUUCAGCGUGCCACUGCUAAAGCGGCUCCUGUGUUCCACUUUCCAGUUUCAAGUUUUAUCGGUAGUUUAUAAAUAAAGAAGUAACAAAUUACCCAACUACCAGCAAAGAUUCGAACCCCGGUUUCCGGAAAGAGAGAGAGACAGAGAGAGAGAGAACAUUUGUCAUGAGAUUGGGCGACUUCCUCGCAGGGUGGA